GGGAGGAGGAAAAGGAGGACGAUACCAAAGAACUCUCUCGUCUGGGGCCCCAGUUCGGCACUUCCGGUGACCAGAGGUAGGGAAGGAAACAGGCCCGAACCGGAGUCGACAGGUGAAGAGAGGACCUGCCUCGCCGAGGCUGCCGUGAGGAGCGUGCACGAGCGCAGAGGGCCCGGGACCCCGGCUCCGCAGCAUCUGAGGCAGCCGCCAUGCCCGCCCGCUGCGUGGCCGCCCACUGCGGCAACACCACCAAGUCUGGGAAGUCGCUGUUCCGCUUCCCCAAAGAUCGGGCGGUGCGGCUGCUGUGGGACCGCUUUGUGCAGGGCUUCCGCGCCGACUGGUACGGGGGCAAUGACCGCUCCGUCAUCUGUUCUGACCACUUCGCCCCGGCCUGUUUUGACGUCUCUUCGGUUAUCCAGAAGAAACUGCGCUUUUCCCAGCGCCUGAGGCUCGUGGCGGGCGCCGUGCCCACCCUGCACCGGAUGCCGGUCCCAGCACCUAAGGGGGAAGAAGAGGGAGACCUAGCGGGCGGCCCGGAAAAGGGAGGAAAGCUUCAGGCUGCCAGGCAUUCUGAGGCUGCUCAGGGUCCAAUCUCCUGUACGCGCCUCCGGGCCGGAAAGAGGACUGCGGUUUCACAGAUUGCAUGUGAAAAUGAAGUUAUACAAACACAAGUCCAUCCUGGUAACCUACUUAAUGAUGUCACGUCAGUACCUACUCACUGUGAAGAAGGCCCAGUGCAUAAAAGUACACAAAUUUCUCUGAAAAGGCCCCCUCACCGUAGUGUGGGUAUUCAGGCCAAAGUGAAAGUGUUAGGAAAACGACUGUGUAGUGCAACUACUCAGACAGAUGAGUUGUGGUCUAGAACUUCCUCUCUCUUUGACAUUGACUCUAGUGACUCAGAAACAGAUACAGACUGGGAUAUCAACAGUGAACAGAGUGAUUUGUCUUACAAAGCUGUACAGGUGAAAGAAGAGACAUGUUAAAAACACAACAUCAAAUGCUUUGAUGUGCUGUAGAUUUUGAAAUCUUUACUCACAUAAUUAUCUCUUUGCUAUUAUAAACAUUUCACUUCAGGAUAAUUUGACAGUUGAGUAUCGGCAAAAUUUGUUUGGCUCUAAGGCAAAAAUUUGCCUAGUUGCUAAGAUAAUGAAAGUAAUCUCUGUCCACAAACCUCCCUAUUCGCUACUUUCACCUUUUUUUUUUCCUUUUUAUCUCUUUGAUGAAAAUCAGGUUAUAAAACAAAACCAUAGUAGCAACAUUUCCUGAUCAAAAUUAAGCACUGAAUAUUUAAGCUUAGUUGUGAAGCAAUGCCUCUAUGAGACUCAUUUGACAUUCCCCAGUUAGAAUGUCACUGUUCUUCUAAGUAAUUUGAAGGUAAAGAGAAUGACAGUGAGCACAGCCAAGCCUGAUGGCAUUCACCCUUUGCACUCGCCUGCUUUUUUCUUGAUUCCUUUAUUCUACCUAACCGUGUCAAGUCACACUCGACAUCCGAGUGCAAAGGGUUAAAUGAUUUGGGAGUAGAGAUAUGUCAUUUAUUUAUGUGUCCAUUUGUAAUACUAUGAGAUUUAUAGAUGAGUCCCUGUGAACAUUUUGGUGAAGGUAAAGCUCUUACAGAAAAUUUUCAAAGGGAAUCAAUUUAGAGGUAGAGUUUCACAUAGUUAGAUUACCUUGUUAUUGAAAUCUAUUUGCCUCAGUUCCUACUGCAACAAAUUAAUUAGCUUGAUUAAUUUAGAGUGGAAAUAUUAACAUCAUGCAAAAAAAAGUAUUACAUUUCUAACAUAUUCCCUUUGUAGGAGUCAGUUUUUCUUUUAUCAACACCCCUCUAUUGAAUUCUACAUUUGGUAAAUAAGUAUGCAAAAUUAGCUGCCCCAUCUGCCAUUCACAAGGAAAAUUUCUAUGGCAAUCUUGUACCAUGAAGUAAAUUGUUAAAAUAGUUUCUGAGAAACUUACUAUAACUCUGAUCUUCUAUUGAGAAUAAUAUGAGUAAAUAUCCAUUUUAUACCUCACAUGUCUUGUUAGUUCUGCAUGAUUGGAAGAACCUGCAUGCAUUUUAUCAUAGAAGGUUUAAAUAAUACACCAAAGUGAUUUUCUUCCAAAGAUAAUUUUAUGUCUGAGUUCAUUUUAAUAGUAUAAUUUUAAUUUUAAUGAAAAGAAUAAUAAAAUAAAGUAUAGGAGUUUUGAGCCUGAACAAUAAUUGUGUAACACAUAGCAUUAUUAUUAUUAUUGUUAUUGCUGCUUUGAUUUGAAUUUGAGAUGACUGUUUUAUGUUUUAAGAGAGCAUUAUGUUUUAAAGUUAAGCAUAUAGAUCUUCCAAAGCUAAAUAUUGUCAAUAAGUACCUAUUGUGCUUUGAGCUUAGAAACAGCCCAUCUCCUUCAUUCAAACUAUUAUGAAUCUUACAUGUCCAUUCAUCCCCAAAUUUCACUCCUAUGAGUCUACUUCAUUUCUACAUGUUAAACAACUUUGAUGUCCAUAUGAGUACUUUUUUUGCUAUUCACUUAGUUUUUUUUUCCCACCAAUUGAAAAUUUAUAACUUGGUUUGUUGAUUCACAUAAUUUUACAAUGUAUUAUGUAAUGUUUCACUGCCAUAUACAGUAAAAUGAAACACUGAUUUUAUUUUAAAUGACAUGUAAGGAAUUUAUAGUUUCUAUAAAACCAUUUAAUAUUUGCGUAAAUAUUUUUAAUUAUCUUCAUUUACUUUGUUGCCAGUUGAUAGGGAAAAAGUUAGAUUUACCUCAACAGUCCCCAUAUCAUUCUUCAUUUAUUUGUUCAAUAAGUACUUAUUAAGCAUAUACUCUGUGCCAGACAACUGUUCUAGACACUAAGGAUACCCUGGUUAACAAGACAGACAAACAGUCUGCCCUCUUGGCACUUACCUUUUAGUGGGGGAGCCAGGUAAUAAACAAGGAAAUGAAUGAAUAAUUUCAGAUAAUGAUUAUUGCUUUGAAGAAAAUAAAGUAGGACAGAUGUUCAAGCAUAAUUGGGGGUGGAGGGUGAGGUUUGCUGAA